GUCCGGCUACUCGCGUCGACCCUGGCUUCGGCUUCUCCCGCUCCUCGAAGCCGGCGGGCGACCCCAGCCCGCGGCCAUGGCGGAGUUGGGCUUGAAUGACCACCAUCAAAAUGAAAUUAUUAAUUAUAUGCGUUUUGCUCGUUCAAAAAGAGGCUUGAGACUGAAGACGGUAGACUCCUGCUUCCAGGACCUCAAGGAGAGCAGGCUGGUGGAGGAGACCUUCACCGUGGACGAGGUCUCCGAGGUCCUGAGUGGGCUGCGGGCCGUGGUGCACAGCGAGGUGGAGUCCGAGCUCAUCAACACCGCCCACACCAAUGUGCUCCUUCUGCGGCAGCUCUUUGCUCAGGCUGAGAAGUGGUACCUCAAGCUCCAGACAGACAUCUCUGAACUUGAAAACAGAGAGCUAUUAGAGCAAGUUGCGGAAUUUGAAAAGGCAGAGUUGACAUCUUCGAACAAAAAGCCCAUCGCAGACAUCAUGAAGCCCAAACUCGCUCCGCUGAAUGAAACCGGCACAGCGGAGCUCCUCAACAAGGAAAUCUUAAGGCUGCAAGAAGAGAAUGAGAAAUUGAAGUCCAGGCUGAAGACCGUCGAGAUACAGGCCACGAGUGCGCUGGAUGCGAAGUCAAAGCUCGAGCGAGCGCUGCGAGACGCACACAUCGACCAAGAAGUCCAACAGGAUUUAAUCAAGGCCCAGGACGUGAGUGAGUUGGAAAGCACAGUCGCUGCUCUGAAGUGUGAGUUUCAGAGGACACUCAGUGACAAGACGGAAAGCCAGAAGUCCCUGGAGGAGAACCUGGCGACAGCCAAGCACGACCUUCUCCGGGUCCAGGAGCAGCUGCACUUGGCUGAAAAGGAACUGGAAAGGAAAUUCCAGCAAACAGCCGCCUACCGAAACAUGAAAGAGAUUCUCACCAAGAAGAACGACCAGAUCAAGGAGCUCAGGAAGAGACUAGCCAAAUACGAACCCGAAGACUAAGCGCUGAGGAUGCCGCACCGGCCCUGCCCCACGGAGCCUCCACGUGGCUGUCGCCCAGGCACGGACUUGGACGAAGCACUCUGUCAUAGGCUAACCCUCCUCUUGCUUUUUAAUAUUCAGACCCUGCGGUUACUUCCCCUCCCUAAAGAGUUUCGACUCUCAGUUGCCUCGUUGAGAAGAGAAAAAGUAAAAACGGACUCUGGCCGGCCGCCCUCUGCCAAGGGGCCCAGAGAAUGUUGUAGCAAGACAACAACGCUGACCCCUUCGCACCAGUAUCACAGGUCCAUUUUACUGAGCUAACAGCGUCUAUACUUCCACAGCCCCCGGUAAAAAAAGAUCGUUACUCCCAAUAAAGGUCCCUAUUUUUGAGAAA